CAAUCAAUCUCUCUCUAAUUAUUAUUAAUGAAAUUCUAAUGAUUCUGAAGCCGACGAUUCCUUUGUUUACCAGCAGCAAUUACUGCAUCAUCGAUUUUCCCGCGCUCUUCUCUCCGUUCUGCCGCCGGCGGCCGGCCACCUUAUCACGCCGCUUCUCCCACCUCAACAUGUCGUCCUCCUCCAACACCGCGCCUUCAGAGAUUCAUGAGAUGAUCACAAUAUCCUAUUCAGACCUAUGUGACAGAACUGCCGAUUUAUCAGCCCAGAUUGAACAAGGUUUUGGACCGACUGGAUUAGGAAUUUUAUCGAUUUCGAAUGUCCCUUGUUAUUCAUCUUUGCGGAAAAAUCUUCUACCGCUCUCCCCCAGAUUAGCCCUUUUGCCUGAACAAGUGAAGGAAGAACUGGAAGAUCCAAACAGUAGAUACAACUUUGGAUGGAGUCACGCGAAAGAAAAACUUGAAUCCGGAAAACCUGAUAUGUUGAAAGGCUCCUUUUAUGCAAAUCCAGUGUUUGAUAUUCCUACAACUGAUGCAUUCCUUAUACAAAGGUAUCCAUCAUACUGUGGACAGAAUAUAUGGCCUAAUAGAGAUUUACCAGAACUUGAAAUGGCUUUCAAAUCUCUUGGAAGGCUGAUACUGGAUGUUGGGCUAAUGAUUGCCUAUCACUGUGAUAAAUAUGUAUCCAGAAGGCUGAAAAGACAUGAAGGCGAAGGGCUUGAGCAGACACUUAUUCGCUCUCGUUGUCACAAAGGCCGUCUCCUUUACUAUUUCCCUUCUGAGUGGAGUGACCAUAGCACAACUGACGACUCCAUGUCAUCUUGGUGUGGUUGGCAUACUGAUCAUGGCUCCCUAACAGGUCUUACCUGUGCCAUGUUCUAUAAAGAUGCAGCAGAAGUUCCAUGCCCAGAUAAAGCUGCUGGUCUGUACAUUAGAGCACGCAAUAACCAAGUAGUCAAAGUGGCAAUUAGAGAAGAUGAAAUAGCAUAUCAGAUUGGCGAAACUACUGAAAUUUUAUCAAGAGGCCUUCUUUGUGCAACACCUCAUUGUGUCCAGGCACCUAAAGGCAAGGAGGCAUCUGGAAUAGAACGCUCUACAUUUGCACUUUUUAUGCAGCCUGACUGGAAUGAAAAGCUUAAUUUUCCAGACACAGUCCAUAUUCAUCAAGAGAUAAUCUCAUCCCAUGACUCCCUUACAUUUGGAGAAUACACAGAAAAGCUUCUUGACAAGUACUAUCAUCUGAAAUCAUGAAAUCUCAUGUUUUCUCACUUUUUUUCCUCUAUCUAUGUUUGGACUUGGUUGUUUGUCAUCAAUUUAAUUUGAAUAAUGCAGACUUUUGAGGAGACUAUAAGCAAAUUAGUCACAGCUCACAUUUGUGUAUUGAUAAUAAAGAGAGUUGUUUUAAGAAAAUAUCAUGAUGAAAUCCAUUGAUUUUUUU